AUGUAUACUGAUACAGAUUCACUCAAUAAUGAAGAUUUUUAUGCUGACUUGGCUGCUAAUCAUAGGUUGUGGGACCGGAUGGAAACUGCUAACCUGCCUAGUACUCCUGUUCCAAAGUUGUGCAAUAUUAAGCGACAUUAUGAACAACAUAAGUCAAAAUACGACCACUAUGAAGGGUUAUUGAGGCAAGAAAAACUGAAAGAGUUUAUAUCAGGGUAUAAAAAACAACAGAUAAUGUUUACUAAAAUACCACAAGAAAAUGAAGCUGCAGUAAAGGUUAGUUACGUGUUGUCAGAGUUAAUUGCUAAACAUUCGAAACCGUUCACUGAAGGUGAUUUUAUAAAAACGUGUUUGAUUAAAACUGCUGAAAUUAUUUGUCCUGGAAAUCUAAAAGCUUUUCAAAACAUUUUAUUGACACGAAAUACGGUUGCUGAAAGAAUAACUGAACAAGCUUGCAAUUUGAAUAAUCAAAUUAAAAUUAAAAUACCUACAUUCGAGUAUUUUUCAAUCGCUUGUGAUGAAAGUACCGAUAUUGGUGGCACAGCUCAGUUAGCUGUGUUUCUUCGUGCUUGCGAUAUGGAAUUUAAUAUUUUUGAAGAGUUAUUGGAAAUUAUACCUAUGUUUGAUACUAUUACAGGAGAGGAUGUAUUCGUUUCUGUUUUUGAACUCUUGAAAAAAUAUGAUUUACCUUUGGAAAAGUUGUCAUCUGUAGCAACAGAUGGAGCUCCUUCUAUGACGGGGAAAAAUAAAGGAUUCGUUGAAAGAUUGCAAAAAAAGCGAAUGAAUAUGUUGAGCAUAAAUUUCAUAGAACACAUUUUAUGA